AUGCUCAACUUGUACCCGAGGCCGCCAUCCACGGCGAGCUCCGGCGACGGCGGCGACGUCGACGGCGGCUUCCGCGUGUUCUACGGCAUCGCCGUAGUCUGCCUGUCUAUCUUCUUGUUCUGCGUGCUCGCCGCUUCGGUCAGUGUCUGGAAGGCGUGCGCCUACGCCGCCAUGGCCGCGCUGGUGCUCAGUGUCGUCGGCUUCUUCGCUCCCAAGAGAUGGGUUCGCCGGAGCCGGAGCCGGAGCCGGAGCGGGAGUGGGAGCGCGGAGGCGGAGCUGGCUGCAGGUGCCAGUGCUGCGCCCGGCGCCGCUCGGCAGCGGACGUCGACGGCGAACGCGCCGCCGGCGUUCGUGUACGAGUGCCCGGUCGAGAGCGGCGGCGGCAAGGCGGCGGCGGACACGGCCGGGAGCUGCGUGGCGUGCUCGGUGUGCCUGGAGGACGUGCGCGGCGGCGAGACAGUGCGGCGGCUGCCGGCGUGCAGGCACGUGUUCCACGUGGGGUGCAUCGACAUGUGGCUGCACUCGCACCGGACGUGCCCGACGUGCCGGUGCGUGGUCUCGCCGCCACCGACGAAGGCGGUGGCGAAAGCCGCGGCGGAGGAGGAGCCGUCGACCGACGACAACCUGCCACCGGUGUAG